AUGGCUGAUGUUGAUCCAGAAACUCUUCUGGAGUGGCUUAACAUGGGCCAGGGUGAUGAACGAGAUAUGCAACUCAUAGCAUUAGAACAGUUAUGCAUGUUAUUAUUAAUGUCUGAUAACGUUGACAGAUGUUUUGAAGUAUGUCCACCCCGCUCAUUUUUACCAGCACUUUGUCGGAUAUUUCUCGAUGAAAGUGCUCCUGAUAGUGUACUAGAAGUGACUGCUAGAGCAAUCACUUAUUACCUGGAUGUAUCUGCUGAAUGUACUAGACGUAUUGUGGCAAUUGAUGGUGCAUUAAAAGCAAUUUGCAAUCGAUUAGUAAUUACAGAUAUAUUUUCAAGGACUAAUAAAGAUUUAGCUGAACAAUGUUGCAAAGUAUUGGAACUAAUAUGCACUCGUGAAGCAGGUGCUGUUUUUGAGGCUGGUGGCCUAAGUUCUGUAUUAUUGUUCAUUAGUGAUGUUGGAUCUUGUGUACACAAAGAUACUCUUCAUUCUGCUAUGACUGUAGUUUCUAGAUUAUGUACUAAAAUGGAACCAAAUGAAGCAUCAUUACCAACUUGUGUUGAGUCUUUAUCUACAAUGCUUAAACAUGAUGACUCUCAUGUUUCUGAUGGUGCUUUGAGAUGCUUUGCUUCAUUAUCUGAUAGAUUUACACGCCGUGGAAUUGAUCCAGCUCCUCUAGCACAACACGGACUUUUAAAUGAAUUGAUACUUCGAUUAUCUUCAGCAGCUGGACCUACAGUAACAAAUAUAGGAACACCUGGCCUAAACACAAAUACUUCAACUACUGAGGUUAAAUCUUCUCAAUCCAUAUCUACAGUUAUAAGCUUGUUAACUACUCUUUGUCGUGGAUCUAAAUCUGUAUCUCAUGACUUAUUUAGAUCUAACUUAGCUGAUGCGAUUGAAAAAGCUCUAAAAGGCGAUGAAAGAUGUUGUUUGGAUACUAUGCGUUUAGUUGAUUUAUUACUAGUGUUACUUCUUGAAGGACGUGAUGCAGUAUCAUGGAGUACAGUAGCAUGUACAAGCAAUAAUCCUUUAUUACCAAAACUUCGACGUUUAGAUUCUAGUGCUGAAAAAUCUCAACGCCAUUUAAUUGAUUGUAUCAGAAGUAAAGAUACGGAAGCAUUAAUGGAGGCUGUAAACUCUGGUGCAAUUGAUGUAAACUUUGUGGAUGAAGUUGGUCAGACUUUACUAAACUGGGCUUCUGCAUUUGGUACUCAAGAAAUGGUAGAAUAUUUGUGUUCUAAAGGAGCUGAUGUCAAUAAAGGUCUUAGGUCAUCAUCAUUGCAUUAUGCCGCUUGUUUUGGAAGACCAUCUAUAGCUAAAAUUCUUCUAAAAAACGGUGCUAAUCCAGAACUUCGAGAUGAAGAGGGUAAAACUCCAUUAGAUAAAGCACGAGAAAGAAUGGAUGAAGGACAUCGUGAAGUUGCCGCUAUAUUGGAAUCACCUGAGUGGUUGAUGUCUUCCAAAAAUGAAAUUGUUCAGUCAAAUGAAUCUAAAGAACCAAAAGGAGAUCCUGAGAUGGCCGCGAUUUAUCUUAAACGUUUAAUGCCUGUUUUUUGUCAUACUUUUCAAUCAACUAUGCUACCAUCAAUUAGAAGAACUUCUCUUUCUUUAAUUAAAAAAAUGGUUCAUUACAUUAAACCAGAUUGGCUUGAAGAUAUAUGUAGACCUGAUUCUCCAAAUAAUCUUGCCCCUUUGUUGGUUGAAGUACUUGCUACUGUUCUUGAUAACGAGGAAGAUGAUGAUGGACAUGUCAUUGCUUUACAAACCAUUUAUGACCUUUUGAAUAAAUGUCAAGAUACAUUUCUUGAUCAUUUUGCACGUCUGGGAGUUUUUUGUAAAGUACAACAGCUCAUUGGACCUGAUAGUAAUUCAGAAAUAGAUAAUGUCCAGCAAAUUGAUUCAAAAAAUAUUCAAACUGAAGAUGCUAAAGAAAUAUUGCCAGGUCAUGCAUAUCAUUGGAAAGAUUGGUUUUUCUGUCGUGGUCGAGAUUGUCUUUAUGCUUGGAAUGACUAUGUUGUCUUGGAGUUAUCAAAUGGUAGUAAUGGAUGGUUUAGAUUUAUGAUCAAUGAUAAAUUGUCUACAAUGUAUUCCAGUGGAAGCCCCGAAGGACAACCAGAUACAAAUAAAACUAGAGUUUCUGAUCAACCAUCAACAGAUGAAAACAAAACUGAAUUUAUUGAAAAAUAUUUAAAAGCCAAAGUGUUUGUUAAGCUCAAUACAGUGAGCCAACCAAUUUUAAGUACUCCGGGUUUAAACAGAAUAGCAGUUGGUAACUGGAUCCUUAUUUCAAAGAAAGAUUGUGAACUUAGCAUACAAAACUCUGAUGGUUUACAGCAAAUUACUACAUUAAUUUAUGGAACCAAUGGAUUUUCUUUUCAAUCUAAUCGCGGUAAUCAACACAUGUUUACUGCUUUGAUACCACUUAAAAGUGAUUUUACCUCAGGCUGGGAAACAGUUAAAAAAGCAAAUAUAGUAGCAGCAACAACUGAAAGUAUUGGACAAAAGAUUCGUAAACAAGCACAAGAAAUAUUUGAUACAUUUUUUAAAGCUGCUCAGGCUCAACCAAGGGGUGUUGUUGCAAGAUUAAGCAAAAUUGUUAAAGCCAUUGAAUUAGCCAUUCAAAAUCAAUCUUCUGUGCUAAAAGAUAGCUCUAAUAAAGAUUUUUGGGCAUCAGCUCUUUGUAAGGCAGUAUUAAACUUGAAAAAAUUGUUAAUGGAAGACGAAGGUAGUGUUUCGGCAUAUGAAAUAUAUAGCAGUGGUUUAGUUGAAGUUUUAUUGAAACUUUUAACAAUCAGUAGUCUUGAACAAGAUGAUGAUGUUAUAGAAUUACAGAAACUUAGGAUUGACAUUUUUGUUAAAUGUUUCAAAGAAAAGAAAAACGAAAAAGGAAUGGAGACUUGUGCUUCUGUUUUAGUGCAAAAGCUGAUAUCUGUUUUGGAAUCUAUUGAAAGAUUACCUGUGUAUUUAUAUGAAUCACCUGGUGCCUUUCACGGAUUACAAAUAUUAUCAAGACGUAUAAGAUUCCGUUUGGAAAAAGCUGUAAAAGAAACCACUCUUGUUGAUCGUACAGGUAGAGGCUUAAGAAUGGAGCCUCUAACAACUGUGCAUCAACUUGAAAAACAUCUACUAAAAAUGGUUGCAAAACAGUGGUAUGAUCAUGAACGUGUCACAUAUAAUUAUGUUAAGAAACUCAAAGAUAAAAAUAACAUACCAAUGAAGUUCAAGCAUUAUUAUGAUUUUGAUAAAAAUGGUGUCUUAUAUUGGAUUGGUACAAAUGGAAAAACAUCGGUAGAUUGGGUUAAUCCAGGUCAAUAUGGAUUAAUGCUAGUUCAAUCUUCAGAUGGUCGUAAUUUACCAUAUGGACAAGUAGAAGAUAUUCUAAGCAGGGAUUCUGUUGCAAUUAACUGUCAUACUAAUGAUGAUAGCAAGGCAUGGUUUUCGAUUGACUUAGGAUUAUUUAUAAUUCCAACUGAUUAUACACUUAGGCAUGCCAGAGGUUAUGGCCGUUCUGCACUACGAAAUUGGUUUUUCCAAAUGUCUAAAGAUGGCACUAAUUGGACUACAUUAUACACACACUUUGAUGAUACAGCAUUAAAUGAACCAGGAAAUACUGCAACUUGGUCCAUAGAAAUAAAUGAUAAGGAAGAAACUCAGGGUUGGCGACAUGUUAGAAUACAACAGAAUGGUAAAAAUGCAUCAGGGCAAACACAUUAUCUCUCAUUAUCUGGUUUUGAGAUUUAUGGAAAUGUUACUGGUGUAUGUGAAGACUUGGGCAAAGCAGCUAAAGAAGCAGAAGCUAGUCUAAAACGUCAAAGACGUAUGUUUAAGGCUCAAAUGUAUAAGCAAAUGGUGACUGGUGCUAGAGUUAUGCGUGGUAUUGAUUGGAAAUGGAGGGAUCAAGAUGGAAAUCCACCUUGUGUAGGAACGGUUACUGGAGACUUGCACAAUGGUUGGAUAGACGUUGUGUGGGAUCAUGGAGUUACAAACUCAUACCGAAUGGGUGCUGAAGGAAAGUAUGAUCUACGGCUAGUCAGUGAACCCCAACCUACAUCUGCCUCUUCAAAAAUAUUCAAAAACAUUCCAAAUGCAGCCUUAUCUAGCAUCAUGACAAGAAUGUCUAGUUCUACUCCUAUUUUACCUGAAGCAUCUAAUGAUAAUAACGCUAUUGUUUCUGUAACCAAUACAGAUCAAAUAUCUUCUGCAGAGAAUUUAGCAGUAAAGCAAGCUGCACAACAAUUUACUGAUAGUAUAAUGUCAGUCAUGAGAAUGGAACCCUCUGCAGUUACUCCGCCAACUACAAAUUCAUUAGACAAUUCACUUCGAAUAGUAGUCCACCCAACUCCUUCUGUUGAUCUCGCCACAAUUGUUGAAUCUACAUCUAAUGAUGAAACUCAACAAAACAUUGAAAAUAAUAAGAAAAACAGUAACUGCUAUGAAGAAGAAUUUUUACCAGCUUUAGGAAGAGUGAAACCAACUUACAGACGUAGUUCUGUUACCAGUUUAGUCCACACAUUACAAUCCAUUCAAAUUGAUACACCCCCUAACAAUAAAGUAAACUCAAAAGAAAAACCAAUAAUAAUUAUGCAUCAUAAUACAUCAGACUCUUCUAACACCCAAACACAAGAUCUAUCUACUGAUACUUUAAUAAACAAUGCAAAUAAUUCAGCUUUUAAUACAGAAAUAUGUAGUCCAAACAAUUUAGAUUUAGAAAAAGAAAAUAAAAAGGAAGAAAACCGAAAUAAUUCUUCAAAUCACAUGAGUGUUAGUGUUCCAAAUUUAGCAUCUAAUACACCACCUAGAUCACAAGCAGAUAUUCCAUUGCAAAAACAUUUAGCAGAAACUUAUGCUCCAUACCAAAAAUAUAGAAAUUUUGAUCGAAACAAUAGUCAUAAUAAUCAAACUCAAGUUGCUAAUAAUCAUAUGCCUCAACGGGUACCGACUUCAGUAUCCAGUCUUGUUCGUUUGGCUCUAUCUACUAAUUUUCCAAGUGGUUUGCUUCAAACAGCACAAAGUUAUCCUAGCUUAUCAGCUAACAAUACUUCUAAUAAUUCAUGUUCUAUAACAACUAUUGCAAAUCGGACAUUUUGUGUUGGUGAAGCUCUAACUAUGAGUUUAGCGUCUACAUCAAGUGAUAGUGAACAAGUCAGUUUAGAAGAUUUCUUAGACAGUGUCCGUGCUCCAGCCUUAUUUGCAGAACUUGAAGAUGAUGAAGAAAUUGUUGAAGAUGAUGAUAUUCCAGAUGAUGAUGAAAAUGAAGAUGAACAAGAAUAUGAAGAGGUAAUGGUCUCCAGAAAUCUACUAAGUAUGGAAGAUGAAGCAUUUGCAGCUCAGCAACAUGCUGCUAUUGAAAGUAUUGUGGGUGCUGAUAGAUGUGGUAAUCCAUAUAAGAGACGCUCAUGGGAUGACGAUUAUGUGCUUAGAAGAGAAUUCACAGCAUUGAUACCAGCCUUUGAUCCUCGACCAGGGCGUACUAAUGUCAACCAAACAUCUGAUUUAGAAGUAAUUGCUCCACCUGAUGACGAAAACGACGAAAUUCCUGAUGUUUUUACUGAAAAUUCAAGUAGUAUUAAUAAUCAAACAUCAUUACCAAGAAUUAAGUUGACUCUAAAAGGACCUAAUUUGCCAGGAAUUAAAGAUGUAGAGGUUGAGCUUAAAGAUUCUAAUUGGACAAUUUUUCAUGCUGUUCAGAAGUUGGCUCAAUUAGCAGACCUUGGUAGUCGUCAAGAAAAAUCUCGACGAAUUUGGGAACCUACUUAUACAAUCAUGUACGAAGAAUUGACCAACAAAGAUCAAGUACUUAGUGAAAAUCCUGAUAAUCAAUGGGAUUCUGAUUUACCUAUAUUUUCUACGAGAACACAAUUGAGUAAUACAGGUUGCACUGUUGAUCAUGUACUUCAGCUUUUAAGGCAGCUUCAUAAUCUUUCCAUUAAUCCAAUGAUCUCUUUACUUAAACCAUACACUGAUGACUUCUUUGAAGCACAUAUUAAAGAUGAUGGAGAGUUAACAAACAGUGAAAUAUUUAAUAGCAAAAAAAUGACUAAUAAACUUGUUCAACAAAUUCAAGAUCCUUUGGUAUUAAGUUCAGGUGCACUUCCAUCUUGGUGUGAACAUUUAAAUCUUUCUUAUUCAUUUUUGUUUCCAUUCGAAACUAGACACUUGUAUUUUAAUUGCACUGCAUUUGGGCCAUCCAGAUCUAUUGUAUGGUUACAAUCUCAGCGAGAGAAUGUUGAACGACAUCGCACUGGUUCUAGUCUUCCUCUUAGACGAGAAGAAGAGUACAGAGUUGGUCGUUUAAAACAUGAUCGAGUCCGUAUACCACGAGGUGAAAAUAUACUUGCAUGGGGUAGACAACUUAUGAGGGCUCACAUUGAUCGACAAACAGUAUUGGAAGUUGAGUUCAUGGGUGAAGAAGGUACCGGAUUAGGUCCCACAUUAGAAUUUUAUUCAUUAAUUGCUGCCGAGUUUCAACGAAAAGAUCUCUGCAUGUGGAUGUGUAAUGAUGAAAUGCCUGAAGAGACCCGUAAAUGCAUUUGGCUUGAAGAAGGAGCAAAACCACCUGGUUAUUAUGUUAGACGAACGGGUGGACUUUACCCAGCACCAUUACCUCAAGAUUCUCCAUGUUGCGAUAGAGCUGUAAAACAUUUUUGGUUCCUUGGCAUGUUCCUAGCAAAAGUUCUUCAAGAUAAUCGUUUAAUCGACCUUCCGUUAUCAUUGCCAUUCCUAAAACUUUUAACUAAAGCAAAAAAUAAUGAAUCCGGUAGAGUGCUGAAUGAAUCAGACUUGUUUGACAUUGAUGAAGAUCAAGCAAUGUUUAUAAAAGACUUAAACAUGUUAAUUUUGGCAAAAGAAAAAAUUUUAUUAGAUCAAUCAUUAAGUGAUGAAGAAAAAAAGGAACAAAUUAAAAACUUACAAUUUCAGUGCGGCCAAACAGGCAAAGUGCACCUAGAAAACCUGAGCUUAAGCAUGAUUUACCUACCAUCAUCUUACUGUUUCCCAUUUACCUACAUUAAUCUAGUUGAAGAUGGUCUUAGUCAAGAUGUUAACAUGGACAAUGUAGAGCAAUAUGUUAGUUUAUUGACCGAUUUUAUAUUGGAGACAGGAAUCAAGAGACAAAUGGAUGCACUAAAGGCAGGUUUUUGCCGUGUAUUCUCAAACGAAAAGUUAAAUGCAUUUACUCCACUUGAGGUUAGACGAAUGUUAUGUGGCCAACAAGAACCAGAAUGGACUCGUGAAGAUCUAUUGAACUACACUGAACCUAAAUUGGGAUAUAAUAAAGAAAGUCCUGGAUUUUUACGUUUGGUGAACGUUUUGGAACAAAUGAAUUCGGAAGAACGUAAAUCAUUCUUACAAUUUACUACUGGUUGUUCAUCAUUACCACCAGGAGGUUUAGCCAAUCUAUAUCCAAGGCUAACUGUGGUCCGUAAAGUUGAUGCUGGUGCAGGUAGUUUUCCAUCAGUAAAUACUUGCGUCCAUUACUUGAAAUUACCAGAGUAUCCUGAUGAACUUACAUUGAGGGAACGCUUGUUGGCUGCAACGCUUGAAAAAGGUUUCCAUCUCAACUAA